AUGUCUAAAAAUUAAGAAGAUAAAAUUCCAGAAAUUUAAGCAUCAUACGUUCUUAACUUUCUUAAAGCAAAAAUAGGAAAAGAUACAGUUAUUUCAUCUAAUUUUAGAAAAGAAUUCUCAAAAUGUCUUUCUUUGUUUUUAUUUUAUUUAGCUACUAUUGCGAAACAUGGCUAAGGCGAUUUAAAGAAAAAAAUUAAUAAAAAUAUCUUAUUUAAGGCUUUGUCUGAUAUUGGCUUUGAAGAUUUUGCUGAAUAGUUAGAGGAAAUGUAAAUUGACUUUAAGCAAAAUCCUUCUGUUAGGACUCAAUAAAAAUAAGCUUCAAAAAACGAACAUGAAGAUGAUCUUCUAUCAGAGCAUAAAAAUUAAAAAAAUGAACUAGAAGAAGAAGAUAAAUAAGAUGAUAUUUAAAGUGAUGCUUCUGGUUAAGAUUUAUAAGAAGUAGAUUUAAAUUAAGGAGAAUAAUAAAAUAUUGAAUAAAAUGAAAAGCCACAAGAAUUUAUAUUAGAUUAGAUAAAUAGAAUGCAACCUUAAUUAAAUAAAAAUGAUGAAUAUGAGGAAAUUUUUUGA